AUAUUUUUAUUCCUACUUCGAGGAAAUAAAUUUUGCAAUAAAAUUUAAAAUAAAUAUAAUUAUUCGUAUUCUGAAACAAGUGUUUAUAAACUAUAUUUUGUAAUAUUUAUAAAGUAAUUUAGAAUUAUAAUUAAUAUUUUACCAAUUAUUUCUAAGCAAGGCCAAUAGCGGGAGACACAAAACUUCUUAACCUUUUUGAAUAUACGAUCGGUGUAUAUACAUAGAUACAUAUGCAUACGAUAAAUAGCAAAGUAAAUUGCCUUAAAUAAAAUUAUUAACAAUGUUCGAAGCACAUAGUAUUAAUGCGGAACAUAAGGAUUUAAUUCAUGACAUUGCAUAUGAUUUUUAUGGGCAACGAAUGGCAACAUGUUCAAGUGAUCAAUUUGUAAAGGUCUGGGAUGAAGAUGAGCAUGGAAAUUGGCACUUGACUGCUUCGUGGAAAGCGCAUAGUGGAUCAGUUUGGAAAGUUACAUGGGCUCAUCCUGAAUUUGGUCAAGUUCUUGCAACUUGUUCUUUUGAUCGUACUGCAGCCGUUUGGGAAGAAAUAGUUGAAGGAUCAGGAUCGGGAGAGCGUGGUAUGCGCCAUUGGGUUAGAAGAACAAAUUUAGUAGAUUCCAGGACAUCUGUCACAGAUGUUAAAUUUGCACCAAAAAUGUUAGGACUUUUAUUGAUUACUUGUAGUGCAGAUGGAGUAAUCAGAAUAUACGAAGCACCAGAUAUCAUGAAUUUGAGUCAGUGGACUUUACAACAUGACAUUAGUUGUAAACUUCCAUGUAGUUGUCUCACGUGGAAUCCAUCGUUAUCAAGAUUACAUCCACCAAUGAUAGCAGUUGGAAGCGAUGAUACAAAUUCAUCUAGCGGAGGAAAAGUUUUUAUAUAUGAAUAUUCUGAGGGUAGUAGACGAUGGACAAAAACUGAAACAUUGUCAAAUAUUACUGACCCAGUUCACGAUAUCGCGUUUGCACCUAAUUUAGGUAGAAGUUUUCAUACGUUAGCAGUAGCCACAAAGGAUGUAAGAAUAAUUAUUUUAAAACCGAUGCAGGAGAGUGCACAAAAUGGUUUAUCACGUUUCGAGAUAACCACUGCUGCACAAUUUGAUGAUCAUUACACUACAGUGUGGCAUGUAUGCUGGAACAUUAUGGGAACUAUUUUAGCAAGUUCUGGUGAUGACGGUUGUGUUCGAUUAUGGAAAGAUAAUUAUAUUAACAAUUGGAAAUGCGUUGCUGUUCUGAAAGGGGACGGUACUUCUGCUCAAAAUGCUGAAACUCCUGCUGCAGCUACUCCACCUAAUCAACCCACAGGAAUUCCACCACCUUCUACCGCAAAAUACUACAAAUUGGGUUCCAUCAGUCAUCCAAAUCAAGUUGUAACCACGGCUACGAUCACUGCAGAAAAACCUACGACUACUAUUAUGUGCAAUAAUAAAUGGCAAGCACCUGUGAUAAAAGGUCGUUUUAGUAAAUCAGUUUGGCUGGGCAAUCCUGGUGAAUCAUCAUUACCACCACUUCCACUUUUAGAACGUCCGAAGGUAAAAAAAUAAUUCUAUUUGAUGCUCAUUAUAAUAAUGUG